UGUGCGUGACGGAAGGCAGGCCUGACAUAAAAGUUUCCCGGAUCGGUCGGUCAGGUUCCUAUCAUACAGAACACACCAGCUGUAGUGAGCUGUGCUUGGGAGUUAUUAGCUUUUUGCGUGAGUGGUUCCGGGCGGUUCGCGACUUUUUCUUCGGUUUCCACUUUUUGCGCUCGAAUUCCUACUCUGGGGUAGAUCGAUUCGAUUCGAUCAACCGGUCCCUCCAUCGCGGGCAGUGUCGCGCGCGGUCAGCUGUUCCAGAGGGUACGUUCGCCGGAAUCGAUUGAUGGGGUAUUGAUGUUGAUGGUUUUGAGUUUAUGGAACGAAAACAGGAAGAGCCGAAUUUUUAGUGUGAGGCAGCAGAUUGAAUGAUUGUUGUGUGCACCAGAAGUGAACACGUGUGUGCGACUCAGAACGGAUGCAUAGUUGGUGAUGUUCCGGUGUGAUGAGUUGGAAUUAGGGAGAGAGUGAAGCUGUCUGCUUCUUGUUAUUAAUAGAUUUAUUGAUGGUACACAGUUAAUAAUUUAAUUGGUGGAUAAGUACGAUCGUGGCUGCCUGCACAGCGGAGAAGAAGGAACGUGAAGAGGGAAUUCGAAAAGUGCACUCUUUAGUGCGUGCAGUGGAGCUCUGCGGUGCAUUCGACCAAUUGCUGAUCAGAGCACGCUGUGUGCGAGAGAAAGUGAAAAGGCAACAAUAAUUAGGUGUGCAUGAAAUGUACGCAAAAAGGGGCUCUACAUAAUAAGCUCUCUUGAUCUUUCUCGAUACACGGGAUCCAAGCUGAGGAAGAUGAAAUCGGCAAAGCAGUAAACGGUGAAUGAGUGGCGGUAAAUGUCCAAGCAGCAACGCAGGAGCGCUCGUUUGGCCACGAAGUGUGAUGUUAUUUUUAAGUGAAUGAAAAAUUGCGGGCAAUUUAGUGCGAACGCAGCCGACACAUGAAGUGAAGUGAGAACGAUUUAAUUGUCAAAAUAGAAAUUAGGCGGAUGAAGUUCCACUAAUUGGAGGAUAAUUCAAGCGUGGUUUACAGCCGAGGACGGGAGUUGUGCGCGAGGCACCUUGCUUAGGAAGUUACACACGGGAGUGAGUGGUGCGUGACGGCGCUGACUUGUUUGUUGCGGUUGUCAUCAAGAGCAGUUUUUCUUCCCAUUCAUUCAUCGCGUUUCUGGUGGUGAUUCACACAGUGUUUGAUUAGACCGACCGCAGCAAGGCGGUGAUCGAAGACAACGACGAAGACUCAAAAAUUGAUUGAAUAUCUUACGGACAUAGAUUGUAGCUGUUGAACCGAAAAACUGCCUCAAUCCGGUGCAUCUCCUGUGCAAUGACAAAUUAAGUGUGCCAACUACACACCGUUGUACCGCACGGCAAACAAUCAGCACCGCCGGUUUCCUGCAGCGGUGACAAAACCGACACCGAUUGUGAUCUGCUUCAUUCGGCGACGAAGUGUGUGCAAGCGAACUGGUUGGUGCCGUCCGGAAACGGAAAAAGACUUGUCCAUGAUUGUCGUCGCGUUGCACUGCCAAAGAAGAAGCAUCACCACCGGGAUGACGUCAGCAGUGUGGAAGGUUGCGGCCCUGCUGCUGUUGGCAGCUUUGAUCCAGUCGACAAACGCUCAAUAUCGCACACCACGCAUCACGGAACACCCCAGCGAUGUCACCGUCCCCAAAGGUGACCCCGUAACGCUAAACUGCCAAGCAGAGGGCAAACCUCCACCGCUCGUCCAAUGGUACAAAGAUGGUGACCUUGUCAAGCUGGACUCCAAUCAUGUGCAACUGCCGACGGGUUCGUUGUUUUUCCUGCGAACCCUCCACAGCAAGAAAGAACAGGAUGACGGCGUUUAUUGGUGCGAGGCCAGCAACAAAGCUGGAAAGGUUCACAGCAGGAACGCCACACUGCAAGUGGCCGUGCUGAGGGACGACUUUCGGUUGGAACCUAAGAAUACGCGGGUGGCGGCGGGAGAGACGGCUUUGUUGGAGUGUGGCGCCCCCCGAGGGAACCCAGAACCCAGCAUAAGUUGGAAGAAGGACGACGUUCAGCUGGAUCUGGAUGAUUACCGGCUCAGUAAGGAUCUGGCGCGGAUCCGAAUUGUGGAUAGCGCGAACCUUCUGAUUAGCGACGCUCGGCCGGGGGAUGCUGGUCGCUAUCAGUGUGUUGCUCAGAACAUGGUAGGCUCACGGGAGAGCACCUACGCCAAGCUGACCGUUCAAGUUAAGCCAUACUUCAUCGCAAAACCAAGUGACCUCACCGUAUUGGAAGGAAACCGUGUGCAGUUCCAAUGUGACGUGGGAGGAGAUCCCUUUCCGCAGGUGUUGUGGAGCAAAGACGGGCACAUUCCGGUCGGACGAGCGGAAAUACUGGAAGAAGAUCGUAGUUUCAUCCGAAAUGCAACCCCGGACGACCGGGGACAGUAUAUCUGCGAGGCUCACAACAGUGUCGGACAGAUCAGCGCCCGAGCGAAUUUGGCUGUCAACACUCCACCGAGUUUCGUCGUGCGGCCACAGGAUCAAAGGGUUGUGCCGAAUGGGGUGGCCACCUUCCGGUGCGGUGCCAGCGAGCCCCCGCCGUCGGUGUUCUGGACCAAAGAGGGCUCGCAAACGCUUAUGUUUCCGGAACAACUCGUACGGCAGUUUGCAAAUCUCCGGACAGGGGCACUGCAGAUUCGCGGCGUCCAACGCGAGGACGAAGGAUAUUACGUGUGCUCGGCGCUGAGUGUGGCGGGGUCCGUCACCAGUCGGGUGUAUUUGCAGGUCACCUCAUCGCUGGACUCCAUCAUACCGCCUCUGCUGCAACUUGUCCCCACGAAUCAAUCCCUGCCGACCGGUUCAAGUGCCAUCCUACCGUGUCGUUCUGGCACAGUCCUCCUCCGUCGGUCAGUAACUCGGUCGACGACGGUGGCCACAUCGUCUGGGAACGGAACGGUUUCGAGCUAUCGCCGGCAUCCUCAUCGCGGUUCACCCAACAGCCAGCCGGCUCCUUCAAGAUUGACGACGACGACGACGACGACAACAACAACGACGACGGCCAAGACUCCAUCUAUUUGCGGGCGCGGUGCAUCUCUGGUUUCUUCUUUGUGCGGAAACUUUCAUCUCAUCUCAUCUCUGGGACCAGUCGGCAACUUGACUGUUGCCGCCCUGUACAGUGAUUCUUCAUUUUUGUCACGUUCUGAUUCUAUUAGAAUCUAUUUUUGA